UCUCUCUCCUCUCUCUCUCUCUCUCUCUCUCUCUCUCUCUCUCUCUCUCUCUCCUCUCUCUCUCUCUCUCAGAGCAGCAUUAGAUGCCUGGGUGUCAGCGACUCUCUACUGUCAGUUCGUCGUCUUUGUCAGAGAUGGAGAAUGGAGGUGAGGACACGGAGUCUCUGUGGGAGUCAGUGGAGAGUAACCGCUACAUCUUAAGUCGCUACAUUUCGCCUGGUAAACUGACUCCCUACCUGCGCCAAUGUAAGGUUCUAGACGAACAGGACGAAGAUGAGGUCUUAAACUCACUACUACUGGUCUCUAAGGUCAACCGCACAGGUCGUCUGUUAGACAUUCUUCAUGGUAAAGGAGAGCGAGGUUAUGUGGUUUUUCUGGAGAGUCUUGAGUUCUAUUAUCCUGACCUUUACAAGCUGGUGACUGGCAAGGAGCCCACCAGACGCUUCUCCACUAUCGUUGUGGAGGAGGGUCAUGAAGGGUUAACCCAGUUCCUGAUGAAUGAAGUCAUCAAGCUACAGCAGCAGGCCAAAGCUAAAGAUGUCCAGAGAGUUGACCUCAUUGGGAAACAGCGCACCCUGGAGGAUGAACAGAAAAAACUACGCCUGACCAACCAGGAACUAUCAGCCUUCCAGCAGAGAUACAACAAGAUGAAGGAAGAUAGGAACAACUACAAUGAUGAGCUACUGAGGGUGAAGGAUGAGAACUAUAAACUGGCCAUGCGGUAUGCAACGCUCAGCGAGGAGAAGAACAUGGCUGUGAUGAGGAGCAGGGACCUGCAGCUGGAGAUCGACCAGCUGAAACACAGACUAAACAAGCUAGAGGAGGAAUGUAAGAUGGAGAGAAAACAGAGUCUGAAACUGAAGAACGACAUCGAGAACCGACCGAGAAAAGAACAGAUCUUCGAACUGGAGAGAGAGAACGAGGUUCUGAAGAUCAAACUGCAGGAGCUGCAAUCUAUCAUACAGCCAGGGCCUCUGCCUGCGUCUGACAAGGCGAUCCUGGACAUUCUGGAACACGACCGCCAGGAGGCGUUAGAAGACAGACAAGACCUGGUCAACAGACUGUACAACCUGCAUGAGGAGAUAAGGCAGGCUGAGGAGCUACGAGACAAGUACCUUGAGGAGAAAGAGGAUCUGGAGCUCAGGAGCUCUACACUACAGAAGGACUGUGAGAUGUACAGAAACAGGAUGAACACCAUCAUUAUACAGCUGGAGGAGGUGGAGAAGGAGAGAGACCAGGCGUUCCGAGCCAGAGAUGAAGCCCAGCACCAAUUCUCUCAGGGUCUGGUUGAUAAAGACAAGUACAGGAAACAGAUCAGAGAGUUGGAGGAGAGGAGUGAUGAGCUGCACAUAGUGAUUGUUCAUAAAGAUGCUAAGAUCGUCACUUUGGAGUCCAGACUGAGACGCCUAUCGAAAGAUACUGCUAUGGACCAGAGUUUGCCCAGAGACAUCCCCCCAACUGUCAUCGCUCAGGUGAUGGGGGAGGAGCCUAAAUCUCUUGGCCAAUCAGAGGGCUCCAGUGACGAGUCGCCAGAGGAGAAGUUCUUCCUACCAGAACCCCGCCUCAAGAGACGACCCAACCUGAAAGCAGUGAUUACCAGAGUGAAGUCUCCAGUCUCCACCCCCAAAACUCUGGACCCGCCAAUCAACACAGAGGACAGUCUCCGUGCAGCUGGUGGUGGAGCGUCUCCAGAUGUGAUGAUGUCAGAGAGUAACCUAACCCUGACCCUGAGCAGCACAUGUCCCCCCUCCCCUUCCCACUCCCCCUUCCCCAUCCGCCCCAACACAGAGCUGCCCAGCAAGACUACCAUGCUGCGCUACCGUAACGACAGCAUCAUGUCCACCAACCCCGAGCCGCCAGGAAACGCAUCACUGGUCCGUCGGACGCGAGAGGGAGAGACUGACUUCCAGCCCCGCGGCCUCUGUGACUUUGAAUAUGAGUGUGUAGACAACAUGGAUUAUGAUGAGGAAAUGGAAACACGUGGUCCUCCCUCACUCCACUCCUCCUCCUCCUCCCAUCAGUCAGAAUGUUUAGAUUCCUACGACCUGGAGACCGUCAACAACAUUUUCAGGAAACUGUCCCUGGAGAGGCCUUUCCGUCCGUCUCUCUCCUCCUUCUCGAGGGUCAGCUCUUCUCUGCGGCCAGUCCAGGAGCUUUCAUUGCUAGGCGACCAACUUUUGGCUGAUGUCACGCUGGUUGGUGGUAACGACAGUGGAAUCUUUGUGUCGUCUGUCCAAUCAGAGUCCGGCGCUGAGAAGGCGGGGCUACGGGAGGGCCACCACCUCCUUUUGCUGGAGGGCUGUAUCCGCGGGGAGAACCAGAGCAUCUCGUUGGACACCUGCACCCAGGAGGAAGCCCAUUGGACGAUGCAACGUUGCUCUGGACCAAUCCAACUGCACUACCGUGCCAACUAUGAUGGGUACCGGAGGCUGCAGAGGGAUCUAUCGGAGGGAACGGUGACGUCAGGAGACUCAUUCUACAUCAGAAUCAACCUCAACAUCUCUGGCCAAUCAGACACCUGCUCCCUGAGCGUGCUUUGUGAUGAGGUGGUCCAUGUCCUGGACACGAUGCACCAGGGGAAGUGGGAGUGGCUUUGCUCCCGGGUCGAAGCCUACUCUGGAACCGACCUAUCGGAAAAAGGCACCAUCCCCUCUUACUCACGGGCCCAGCAGCUUCUCCUGGUAAAGAUGCAGAAGCUGGUGUGUCGAGGAGGAAGAGAGGAGAAUGACAGCCUGCGCAACUUCAAGAACAGCUUACAGCCUGAAGAGUCCAGCCUGUCCUCAGACCCCAAAUCCAGCCCUCGCAUGUCCAGAGCUAGCGUCUUCAUCACACAGAUACUACAGUUUGUCAGCAGGGUGGAUAAUAAGUAUAAGCGUAUGAACAGCAGUGAGCGUGUUCGCAUUGUGAGCUCAGGAAACCCAACGCUGCCCAGACCAGGCUUCGAAACCCUGAGACAGGAUGACUGUGCAGACCCAUACAGUGAUGUGAGUAGGAGUGUGAACCUGGUUCCGUACAGCCUGGUCUCCCCUCAGCGGGUCCAGAGGAAGAGGCCGGUUCUGAUCAGUCCAAACAGUCUGGCCCGGACCAUUAUUCAGAAGAUACUCAACAUGGGUGGAGCCAUGGACUUCAACAUCUGCAAACCAGAUGUCCUAACUAAAGAAGAGUUCUUAAUGAGACAGAGGAUUGAACCCAUCAUCUCCUCCAGAGAGAAGAACACCAACACCUACGAGGUUGUCUCUCCUGAGAACAUAGAGGCUGUUGCUGCAAAGGGUAAACACUGUUUGAUGGAGGCUGACGUGAGCUGUGUUAAAGACCUUUUGAGGAGAGAGAUCUACCCAAUCAUCAUCCACAUCAAGAUCUGUGACAAGAACAUCAGGAAGCUAAGGAAGCUGCCCCUUCGUGUGGACAGUGAGGAGGAGUUUGUCAGAGUGUGUCGGAGCAGAGAGAGAGAGCUGGAGAGUGUUCCGUGUCUCUAUGCGUGUCUGGAGCCUGAGGAAUGGGCUGGGCCUGAUGACCUCAUCAGAGUGGUGAAAGACAGAAUCCAGGAGGAACAGAGGAAGACUGUCUGGGUGGAGCAAGACCUGCUGUAACACACACAGAUUAAUGCAUGCACACACCUCACACACACACAAGGUGUGCAAGAUGGCGACGCUGGGUUAGAUGCCACAAAAUAGUUGGGAGUCCCCAGUAGGGGCUGCACACAAUUGGCCCAGCGUCGUCUUGGUUUGGCUGGGGUACGCCGUCAUUGUAAAUAGCAAUUUGUUCUUAACUGACUUGCCUAAUUAAGUAAAGGUUAAAUAAAAUACAAAAUUGUUGAGAGGUAAACCUGUAGUCAGCAUUUCAUUAUUAUGUCACAUUGGGUGAACCUGUGGUCAGCGCUCAGGUCUGUUCAACGCUGGUCCGACCAAUCUGAUUCCACGCUUCAAGAUCGCUUCGAUCACGUGGACUGGGAUAUGUUCCGGAUAGUCUCAGAUAAUAACAUUGAUGUAUACGCUGACUCGGUGAGUGAGUUUAUUAGCAAGUGCAUCGGUGAUGUGGUACCCACGGUGAAUAUUAAAACCUUCCCCAACCAGAAACUGUGGAUUGAUGGCAGCAUUCGAGCAAAACUGAAAGCACGCGAACACCUGCUUUUAAUCAUGGCAAGGUGACCGGAAACAUGACCGAAUACAAACAGUGUAGCUAUUCCCUCUGUACGGCAUUUAAACAAGCUAAGCUUCAGUAUAGAGACAAAGUAGAGUCGCAAUUCAACGGCUCAGACACGAGACGUAUGUGGCAGGGUCUACAAAAAGAAAACCAGCCCCGUCGCGGACACCGAUUUCUUGCUCCCAGACCAACUAAACAACUUCUUUGCUCGCUUUGAGGACAAUACAUUGCCACUGACAUGGCCCGCUUCCAAAACCUGCGGACUCUCCUUCACAGCAGCCAACGUGAGUAAAACAUUUAAACGUGUUAACCCUCGCAAGGCUGCCGGCCCAGAUGGCAUCCCUAGCCGCGUCCUCAGAGCAUGCGCAGAACAGCUGGCUGGUGUGUUUACGGACAUAUUCAAUCAAUCCCAUCCCAGUCUGCUGCUCCCACAUGCUCAAAGACGGCCAGUCUUGUUCCUGUUCCCAAGAAAGCUAAGGUAACUGAGCUAAACGACUACCGCCCCGUAGCACUCACUUCCGUCAUCAUGAAGUGCUUUGAGAGACUAGUCAAGGACCAUUUCACCUCCACCCUACCUGACACCCUAGACCCACUCCAAUUUACUUACCGCCCCAAUAGGUCCACAGACGAUGCAAUCACACUGAACACUGCCCUAACCCAUCUGGACAAGAGGAAUACCUAUGUAAGAAUUCUGUUCAUCGAUUACAGCUCAGCAUUCAACACCAUAGUACCCUCCAAGCUUGUCAUUAAGCUCGCGACCCUGGGCCUCGACUAUCUGACGUGCCGCCCCCAGGUGGUGAGGGUAGGAAACAACAUCUCCACCCCGCUGAUCCUAAACACUGGGGCCCCACAAGGGUGCGUUCUCAGCCCUCUCCUGUACUCCCUGUUCACCAUGCACACCUCCAACUCAAUCAUCAAGUUUGCAGACGACACUAAAGUGGUAGGCUUGAUUACCAACAACAACGACACGGCCUACAGGAAGGAGGUGAGGGCCCUCGGAGUGUGGUGUCAGGAAAACAACCACACUCAAUGUCAACAUAACAAAGGAGAUGAUCGUGGACUUCAGGAAACAGCAGAGGGAGAACCCUCCCCCUAUCCACAUCGAAGGGACAGUAGUGGAGAAGGUGGAAAGUUUGUGUGGUCCACCGACACAGACAGCGUGGUGAAAAACCUCAGGAGGCUGAAGAAAUUCGGCUUGUCACCAAAACCACUCAAACUUUUACAGAUGCACAAUCGAGAGCAUCCUGUUGGGCUGUAUCACCGCCUGGUACGGCAACUGCUCCGACCACAACCGUAAGGCUCUCCAGAGGGUAGUGAGGUCUGCACAACGCAUCACCGGGGGCAAACUACCUGCCCUCCAGGACACCUACACCACCCGAUGUCACAGGAAGGCCAUAAAGAUCAUCAAGGACAACAACCACCUGAGCCACUGCCUGUUCACCCUGCUACCAUCCAGAAGGCGGGGUCAGUACAGGUGCAUCAAAGCUGACAGAGAGACUGAAAAACAGUUUCUAUCUCAAGGCCAUCAGACUGUUAAAACUUCUUAGGGAUCAAAUCCCGUUAGCGGGAUCAAUUUGACAACAUCCGGUGAAAUGACAGAGCGCAAAAUUCAAAUAAAAAAUAGAAAAAUUUAGCUUUCAUACAAUCACAAGUCAAUACACCAAAUUAAAGUUUAACUUCUUGUUAAUCUAGCCACCGUGUCAGAUUUCAAAAAGGCUUUACGGCGAAAGCAAACCAUGCUAUUAUCUGAGGACAGCACCCCAUCAUACAAACACAUGACAAUCAUAUUUCAACCCGCCAGGCACGACACAUAAUUCAUGCCUUACCUUUGAAGAUCUUCUGUUGGAUCUUCUGUAUGUCCCAUAAACAUCACAAAUGGUCCUUUUGUUCGAUUAAUUCCAUCAUUAUAUCCCCAAAAUGUCCAUUUAUUUGGCGCGUUUGAUUCAGAAAAACACUGGUUCCAACUCGCCCAACAUGACUACAAAGUAUCUAAUAAAUUACCUGUAAUCUUGGUCCAAACAUUUCAAACAACUUUCCUAAUCAGGUACAGGUAUUUUAAAAUGUAUAUAAAUCGAUCAAAUUUAAGACGGAAUUGUGUUGAAUACCAGACAAAAACAAAGUGGAUGAGCUUCAGGUCGCGCACCCCAAACAAAACAGUCCAAUAGGCUCGACUCCCAGAAAGGAAAGGGCUACAUCUUCACUACUCAAAGGAAAAACAUCAACCAAUUUCUAAAGACUGUUGACAUCUAGUGGAAGCGAUAGGAACUGCAAUCAUAUUUCUAUUAAAACGGGCAUGCCAUAGAAAACGAAUGGAAAACAGAUGAACC